AUGAACGAGUACGAUGAAAGAGGCCAGUCCGGAGACGAGAGCCGAGUCCGACCCGAGGCGGCUCCUGGGUUGUUCGCCUGGACAUACAUACGCCAGCCGCGGCCUCCUCUUCCUCCCGUUGUCCAGCGAGAGAGAGACAGAGAAAUCCCAAAUCCACAAAACCCUAACCCACCAGGAGAGGAGGAGGCGUUCUUCAUGGUCAGGAAGGAGCCGGACGCGGCGAUCCUCAAGGCCAAGGCCAUGGCCAAGUCCAAGGCGGACAAGCAGCAGGAGGUGGUCCGCAAGGCCAAGGCCAAGGCGGAGGCGGAGGCGGCGGUCCGCAAGGCCAAGGCGGAGGCGGGGGUCUUCAAGGCCUGCUGCUGUGGCUCGGACGAGGACGAUGUGCCGUACGACAAGGUGUACCACGACUCGGACGCCGAAGAAGACAGGAUUGUGGCGCGGUGGGAUAUCUUUAUGGAGGAGGAGAAGGCUCGCUUCCCUGACCAGAAGUACCGGGUCUACCUCCCUGGGGAACGCACCGGCGAUGAGUCGUCCGACUCGGAUGAUGAGCACGAGUACUACCUCCGCAAGUUUGGGAUGAUGAAGUAG